CAACAACAAACGCAAUGAUCACAGAUGUUGUCUCACCCACCGUGACCAUUCACAACAACGACAACAAUAACGACGACACAAAGGAUGACUCUAACAAACAGUCGACGAAACCUAAUGUUGUUUCGGAUAGCACAAUCACUCCAAACGAAACUAGCAAAAAAACAGGAUUGACUGCAUCCUCUACCGUAACAACUCUUGACGACAUGGAAACGAAAGUAAUUCUAACAAAUUUAAAGAAUGCUUCGAAUGUAAAUUAUGUAGAAACUCAAAAUUGGAAGAAAGGUCUAAAAGGAAUUAGACGAAAGAAAUAUACUUGGACAUUUCUAACAGUUUGUGGAUUUGUUGGUGGAGUGAUUAUUUAUACGCAUGAUUUGAUUGUCAAAUACAUGUUUCAGGGAAGGUUGACUUUGAUAAAUGCAUUCGAUUCGAAUAGUUAUUUCGGAUUACGUUUAGUUUUGUGGAUUUUGUUUAAUUUGGUGUUUAUGUAUGUGAGUUUAAUGAUGACGAUUUUCAUUGCGCCUGCUUCGGAGGGAUCUGGUAUUCCAGCUAUUAAAGCUAUUUUAAAUGGUACUCCUUUAGAAGAUCCUCUCAGUUUCAAAACAUUUCUUGUAAAAAUUAUUACACUUCCAGCGGUUUUGGGAACUGGAAUGUUUUUUGGUAAAGUUGGACCUUCGGCUCAUAUUGGCGCUCUCCUAAUCAACAACAUGCUCAAAAUUCCAAUAUUUAAACCUAUUGGUAGCAUUAAAUCUUUAAAAAAUCAAAUGAUUGCUUGUGGUUGUGCACUUGGAGUCGGCUCAAAUUUUUCUACUCCUGGAGGAGGAGUCCUAUUCGCUCUAGAAGUCAUUGGAAGUUACUACAGUUUGAGAGGUUAUCUGAAAAGUUUCUAUGUGGCAGUGGUUGCUGCAUUCACUUCUCGUCUCUUCAAUGCUACAGUCAACUUGAGUUUAAAUUUGGCAUUGAAUUGGAAUUUCAAAUUGACUUAUCCUUCAUUCUCUAUUCCUGAACUGAUAGCUUUUGCAAUUUUGGGUUUUGGAAUGGGAGUUCUUGGAAUUGUUUACGUUUAUUUGAAUGAGAAAAUGUAUCGAUUGAGAGAUCGAUUUGGAGGACAUUACUUGUUUUUCAAACCAGAGCGAUUGAAAAAGUACAAAUUCAUGAUGAUUUUUGAGAAUCGUGUGAUUUGGACAGUGUUUAUUUGUAUUGCAACAAGUUUAUUGACAUUCCCUGAUUUGAUUGGCAAGUACAUGUCAUUGACAGUUGGUGCAACUCUUGAAGAUUUAGUUUCUCCUAAUCCUCUCACAUCAGCCAAUGGAUGGAUCACUAAUUCACCGUAUGAUAUUUUCUCCUCUCUUGCCAUUUUCAUUGUGAUUCGAUUGAUAUUCACAAUUUUUUCAAUGAGUUUGCCACUUCCAGGAGGAACAUACAUUCCACUAGUUAUUAUUGGAGCUGGAUGUGGAAGAUUCUUUGGAGAAAUAGUGGCAAUUAUAUUUCCAAAUGGAUUUGUUGCUGGACAACCAAUUUAUGCAGGAGCUUAUGCAGUUGUUGGUAUUGUGGCAUUGACAGCAUCAGCCACACAUGCAUUUUCAACUGUUUUCAUCUUCCUUGAAAUUGUUGGUGUUGCUGUUUAUCUUCCAAGUUUAAUGGCUGCUUUGAUAGCUGUCAGAAUUUCAAGAUUGUGCACAGCAAACUUUUAUGAUACCAGUAUUAAGGUAAAGGGAUGGCCAGCAUUAUUGGAGAGUAUGACAGAUUCAGAAGAUUUGAAAGUUACCAAUAUUAUGACAUCUGUCGAUAAACUAGACAUUUUGGAAGAGAAUGUUUCAAUGAGAGAUCUUGAACUCCUCUUACAAAAGAAGAAAUUACCAAAGAUUUUACCCGUUGUUUCAAGUAAGGACAAUUUGGUUCUAUUAGGACAAGUGCAUCUGAAAUCUUUGGAAUUUCAAUAUAAUCUAAUGAAAGCUAGAUUGAAUAAUUCAGGAAAGGAAAUCACUCAAGCAUCAAAUUUUGCACCAAUAUCUGAUGAAGGAUAUGGAUCAGCAAAUGAUGGAAAUGAUUCUUCUGCAACUAAUAUGGCUGGGUAUGCCAGUUUCGAAUUGCAAGAUCGUGAUGAAACUGAUAUUAUUCGAAUUGAAUAUGAAACAUGUGAUAUUACAAUUUCCGAGUCUCAAUCAGCUCAGAGAGCUCACAUGCUCUUUUCUCAAUUGUGUUUGGAUGAAGCAUUUGUGGUUUGGAAAGGCAGAUUGAUGGGACAAUUGGCAAGACAAAUGCUCAUUAAUACUGUUUCUGCAAGAGAAAGAAAUCAAAUAAUAGUAGUGUAA